CAUACCAUUUCUGUCUUCCAGAUCCGCAAUUCUCAUUGAUCAUCGAAUCUAGGGGUUUUUUUCUUCUGUUUCGGGGUUUUCGCUUGUACCGGUAUUGAGUUUUGAGGGCUUUCUUUUGCAGAUUGGUUCCGCUAAUUGUUGGAAUUAUAAACUACUAUGGCUGACGAAGAACCUGUAGAUCCAAAAAGAGAACUUGAAGAUCGUUGCAAGGCACCAUGCACGAGGCCACUUAAAGAAUAUCAGGCCUGCUCUAAGAGAAUUCAAGGCGAUGACUCGGGACACAAGCACUGUACGGGACAAUACUUUGAUUACUGGCGCUGUGUUGACAAUUGCGUUGCUACUAAGUUAUUUUCGCAUCUUAAAUAGCCAGUUACCAGACCUCAUUAGCAUCUUUCACCAUCAUGCGCUCUUUUCUUUCUGGGAGUAGAUUAUACCCAUUUCGCAGUGCUCUUGACGCUAGAUUCUUCCCAAGAGCAGGUUGUUCCUUUUUUUGUUAUCCUCUUAAUGCUACUAGCUGUCCCUGAGCAUCUGCUUACCUUAGACUGUGAGAUGUGAUUUUAAUCUUCAGAUUAAUAAAUGAACUGGAACAAAGUUUUAUAA